AUGCCCAACCCGUAUGGGCCCAGCGCCUCGCAGGUCUCGCGCUUUCCUUUCGCCUCGCGCACUUCCGGCCCCGCUCCGCUUUUUUACUCUGCCACCGACGACUUUCGGGAAGAGGAUGACGGCUUGGAGCACGAACGCGAGGUCGCCGAUUUUUACGCCCUUCAAAAAUCGCGCCGCCAGUUUGGGGGGAGCCAUUUGACCGACUCCUCCGAUAUGGACGACCACGAGCGCGCAUCGAAGUCUGAGCACAGCCACGGGGGUGAAGAUGGCGAUGAUGGAACUCCGUUUGCUAGGGGAAUCAGAAGCUCGUGGAGGGGGAGCAGGGCGACAGUAAGAGGCCGAGAGCCUACCGUGCAGCCUAUUCAAGAAGCCGAAGGUCGAGAACGGAGUGCCAGCGGCUCCGAAGCGAGUGCCCCAAGCAGCAAGGGGAAGGGCAAACUUGUCGAUGUAGAACUGGCCUCGACGGCGAAGGAUAGCGGAGAUGAGUUCCACGACGACUACUCAGACGAUGACCAAGAUGCUCCGCCAGCAUAUCAGCACAUUCCUCGAGCCCAAGGGAUCAAUCCGCCCCGUAACCCGUUACGCAACACGCUGCCGAUACCCCUGGAAACAGAUGAGGAGGCUCUCUUGCAGGAUCCAAGGCCAGCAAGCCCAGACCGCGAAACCGUCGUCACCAUCGUACCCGAGGAACAAGAGGAACGAUACGACAGUUUUUGGUCGUAUUUGUAUCUCAUUUGCCUCGCCGCCUUCUUGGGGACGACAUUUCUCGUUUGGCUGCACACCUCGGCACCAGGCAAGAAGCUGCCGCUGGGAGACACCAUCUAUUCCACGCUGCAUUCGUCAUUUCAUUUGCUUUCAGUCUAUACGCUCGUAUCCAUGAUUGUGGCAGGGCUUUGGCUAGCAUGCUUGUCAUACUUUGCUCAACCGCUGGUGCAGCUCAUCACUUUGGGCGUGCCCAUCAUUCUUACAUCGUUCUUCCUAUACCCCUUCAUUUCAAGCUUCAAGGGGUCAGAAACAACUUUCCAGGAUAAGGCCAUGCGUUGGACAUCCUUUGUUCCAGGCGUUUGCGCGGUUCUUUGGAUCCACAUGGUAUACCAAGGACGGCGAUCGAUCGAUAAGGCAACUCGCAUAUUACAGCUUGCGAGCCGGGUACUUGCGGAAUGCUCAGCUCUGGUCGUUGUCGGCAUGGCUGUUCUUGCGUUUACCGUGCUAUGGACAUGGAUUUGGAUAGGCCUUUUCACCCGGCUAUUCCUCGAGGGUCACAGGAGUGAUGGUAAAAUCACCCUUUGGGUUAUCGAUUUCAGUACCUGGUGGCUUGGCGCUUUCUACAUCAUCUUCUUCCUGUGGACCUCUUCAAUCAUCGCAGGGAUUCAACGAUCGUUGACGGCGGCCACCGUGAGUCAAUGGUACUUCCACCGCUACGCGACGCCAAAGCCAACAAGCCGCCAAGUUGCUCAAGCAUCUUUCUGGCAUGCCGUUGGCACCAUGUUUGGCUCCAUCUGCCUUUCGACUUUCUUGACGAUCGCCCUCCGGCUCCCUCUCAUGGUCCUACCUCGCCGCUUUGCUGCUUUCGUGAGCCUUUGCUUAUACCAGUUUAUUCCAACUUCCGCGGUGAUGCUCACGAACCCGCUCACGCUUACUUACGCCUCGAUUCACUCGAUGGAUCUUCGUCGUGCAGCACACGGACUUCGCCAACUCUCCUUCGUCUCGCAUUCAAGGCCCACAACAACCUUGACGCCGCGUUCCUUCUCAUCACCGUCUGGCCAUGAACUCGUUCCCUACCGCUUGGCGAAGUUGUUGCUGCACGCAACACGCUUCGUGAUGUGCAUGGCUCUAGGAUUCGGUGGCUGGGCCGGUACCGCCCACUCGCUGGAGCUCGCCGGUUCCAAGCAUCACGGCAGCUACUACGCGUACAUCGUCGGGAUGAUCGCAGCUGCAAUCGGCUGGAGCGUCCUCGGCGCAUUUGAAGGCGUGCUCGGCUUCAUCCUGGACGGGCUGAUCGUCUGCUGGGGAAGUGAAGUGGGCUCGCAAGGUACGGGACAGAGCAGGUACUGCCCCGACGCCGGGCAGCUCUUCGGUGAGGAGUCUCGUAGGCAUUAG